UAUAUAUAACGUUGCUUUCCCACACCCUUCUCCUUGAACUUGCUUAGUUUGUCUCCUUUUCCUACUCUUUGUUUGACUUGUUCUCUGCACCAAACCCUCCCAAAACCGCUAACUUCUUCAACGUUCCACUAUUGGCCACAAACAAUGGGUAGGUCACCAUGCUGUGAAAAAGAGGGCUUGAAGAAAGGGCCGUGGACUCCAGAGGAAGACCAAAAGCUCAUGGCGUACAUUGAAGAGUUUGGCCACGGAAGCUGGCGUGCUUUGCCUGCCAAAGCUGGACUUCAAAGAUGUGGGAAGAGCUGUAGGCUAAGGUGGACUAACUACCUCCGACCAGACAUAAAAAGAGGAAAGUUCAGCUUGCAGGAGGAGCAAACAAUCAUUCAACUCCAUGCCCUUCUUGGGAACAGAUGGUCAGCCAUAGCAGCUCAACUUCCCAAGAGAACCGAUAAUGAAAUCAAGAACUACUGGAACACACACCUGAAGAAGAGGCUAACCAGAAUGGGGAUAGACCCCACCACCCACAAGCCGAAAACCGACGCACUCGGCGGCUCCGGUGGUGGCCAAACCAGGGACGCGGCGAACCUCAGCCACAUGGCGCAGUGGGAGAGCGCCAGGCUAGAAGCCGAAGCGAGACUCGUGAGAGAAUCAAAGCUGCAAGUCCAGAACAACCUGGGAUCAUGCUCCAGCACACAACCUGCGAGACUUGUUCUCAACAAAAUCACAACACAACAACAACCCUCGCUGCCACCGUGCCUCGACAUCCUCAAAGCAUGGCAAAGCUCGUGGAACAAACCGCCACAACAACCAACAACAAAAGAAAACAACACCAAGAUAAUGCAUAGCAUGUAUGCAAUGAUGCUUUCCACUGAUGACACUCUAGAGUCUCCAACAUCCACGUUGUGCUUCCCAGGAACAACAACAACAACAACAAUGCUUCCUAUCUCCAACAACAUUGGAUUACUCUUCAAUGAAAACAACAACAGCAACAACAACAUGUAUCCUCUCGCGACAACCAUCGACGAUGGUGUGUUCAUGAAAGACAACACCACCACAAUGUUGAAUUUGCAAAUGCAAGAUGACGAUAUUAUGGCGGCAGUGGAAGCAUUUAGAGCGUACGACAACAACAGCAGUAGGAACAAAUAUAAUAAUAACAAUGUUGUUGUUCCUCCCUCACUCUCCAACAGUGUCAUCCUCGAAGGACUCAAUAACGACAAUGAUGAUAAUAGUAAGGCUGCUUUGGUUGUGUAUGACUCAAACGAUGACUUGGGCACGGAGGAAGCAGACAACCUGGCAAUAAUCAACGGGGACGGAAGCCUCUGCAACGUGAACAACCUCGAUGAGAAUAAUAAGCAUUACUGGAAUAACAUAUUCAAUUUGGUGAAUGAUCCCUUGUCUGGUUCCUCUGUCUUCUGAAGAAGCUGUAGUUAGCUAGUUAGUGUAGCUGUUGUUAGCUAUAGGAACUUUAGGUUAAAUGCUAAAAAUAUUAAUGUCUCACAAUAAUAAUAAUUAUUAUGUAACCAUGAUAAUAUUCUUGUCCAAAAAUAUGGAUUUUAGGUGUUAAGUGUUAACCGUUAUGUUAUGAGUGUGUUAAAGUAACCCCUCUUGAUAUUUAAUUAGCUUUA